AAACUUUUUUUUUUUCACUGCACCUCUCCAGGAGAACCUCAGGGAGAAGCAGCGCCCGAGUCCUGAGCACAGAGAGUCGCCAACUAUGCUGCCUGACCAGAUGGUGUACGUGGCUGCUGUCACGGUGUUGGGAGUUCUGGAGCAAGCCUACUUCUCUUGGCAGGUGAUCUAUGCUCGGAGAAAAUAUUCAGUCCAGCCACCAGCCACGUCUGGUCCACCAGAGUUUGAAAGAGUCUUUAGAGCCCAGGUCAACUGUGCAGAAUACUUUCCCAUUUUCCUGGCCUUGCUGUGGGUAAUGGGACUUUAUUUCAGUGAGGGGGUUUCGGCUGUCUGUGGACUGAUUUACCUCUACUCCAGAUAUAAGUACUUCUGCGGCUACUCUCUCUCAUCCCAGGGCAGGUUGGCGCCUCUGUACUUCAGCGCACGCGUGCUCUGGAGCAUGAUCGCUUUCUCAGCACUCGGCAUUCUCCGCCACACCUCUCGUCUCUUCUUUGGAUUGGACAUCGUGUACCACGUGAUGGGCUUCCUCGGGCUGUAGCUCGGGAUGUGCGAGGACUCCCCCGCCUCUUUGCGACACUGUAAUCAUGCAGUCGAGGACACGGACGGGCGCCCAAGUUGGACUCGGACUCUUACAAGAGUUUAAAUGCACUUUUAUCGGCAUUUGUUCGAUUCAGAAAACGGAUGGAAAAAGUUCGUUCAGAUCCGAGAAUUCGCAUGCUUGAGCUGUAAGCCAUAGGGUAGCUGCGCACUGCAUAUCCCUGGACUCACCCUACUUGUUAUUUCAGCUGUUUAUGAAGCGCAAAAAGGAGCACUUUUGCUUGUAUAUAGCGCCCCGCCAGGAAGUGAACCCUGUGGAACUACGAUAGUGGCAUCAGUCGCUUAGGAAGGCUAUACAACAGCCAGUUCUUCAUAUAAAAUAAUUGUACCAGUAUAACACAGUAGGGGAGGCUCACCUUCAUUAUGUGGUGUGUUUGCCUGAGGUGUUUUUUUAUCUAAAUGGUCUUCCAAAUAUAAAGUUUACAGGAGCACAGCACUGGUUACAGCCACUCUGGGAGUCAUGGGCAGUGUUUGAACUUUCAGUCUCCAAUUCAGUGCCUUAGCCACUGCAUCACACUACCCCACUUAUAGUGGGGUCUAAUGUAUUUUAGGUAAUUGAAUGUGGAAAUUUAAUUUUUAAGUCAAUAAUGCAAAGAAAUAAUUUUCUAUUAAAAAAUUAAUUCAAUAUCAUCCAAUCUGUAAAAGACACAGCUCCCCAUUGGACAAAUUAAGAUUUAUCUAUCUGAACCAAAGACCUAUUCAUCCAGUGAUCCCAUUUUUUCACACUUGUGGUGUUCCCAGGCAGCGGGUGAGUUGACUGACAUGACAGCUAUUAGUUACGGGAGAGCAACUACUGUAUAAAGAACCUGGGUGAAAGUCAACAGGCAGAGUCAGCUGAGGACCAUACUGGACACACUUGUAGGAAAAAAGAUGACUUUUCCUGAUGGAAUGAAACCAGCCUGGAGGUCGCUGUACAGCCACCAUUUGCUAACAGGUUGGGAGAUCUGUGGUGGAGGUUGUUGCAGGGUACACAUUAGUGCUGAACUGCUUUUGGCAAUAACACAGGUCUACAAAAAAAUAUUUUUUGUUUGCUACUGGGAACUUCCGACCAACUCUUUAUUAAGUUUUUUACACUGAUUUCAAAUGUGAAAUCGGAAGUAAGCCAGCACGUCAGGUUUUCGAGAUACACAUCAUUGACGUUUUGACACAUUUGAAUAUCAGUAUAAAUAUAUCUGCACAAUAUCUGGAGUUUGAACUCUGUCCCACCAAAAUUGUUUUGAUGUGUUUAUUCUGAAAACAAACCAGAAGACGAUACCAGCAGGUUCUCCACAGGCUCAGCAUAACUCUCUGCUCUGCGACUGCCAAGAAAAUUCUGGACAACCUGCACGAAUGCUUCCUAUGCUGCUGAUUCAGUUGGCUUCUGUUCCCUUUUGAACUCAUUGGCAAGCAUCAGUUCUUGGAUUUCAGGACCAACACAAACACCUUCCUUAGUUUUGGCUUCACUUUUUUUUGAAACCAAACUUAUUUCUUACAUGCAUUGCCGUCCAUCGCCUUGACGACAUUUUCAAAGUAAUGGUGAAUCUAAUGAACAAAAUGUCCUGAAAUGCAAUGUUAUGUUAAGGAAACAGUAAAACCGGCU